AUGAGUGGAGAAAAUUACCGCAGUGCCACGAAAUCCCAUGAUCCUGGGUGGAAUGAUCCUCCGAAACUUAGCUACAAUGCUAGCGCUGCACAGACAAGCUCUCCAGCUGGUCCACCGAAGCUGAACCUCAACAAGAGGGUUGCAUUUCCGGUUGGGAAAACCUCUGUCCAACCACAAACUGUACCAACAGGCGAGAUUACUUCCAGUUUACCUCAGUUUGUGUCCGGUGCUCCAAUGGCAGUUCCUCCCUGUCUGCUCCCGACUGCUCCACCCAUUUCUGCAGUUGGGACUCCACCAAAAUCUGCAAUCUUUACUGCAACGCCAAAAAUUACACCAUCGAGUGAUUCAAACCAUCCCGACGAACCGGAAAUGUUAACUUUCGUCGAACAAAUCCUCCAACAAUUCAUCCUCAAACUUGAUACGUCUAAACAAGGAGAGAUUCGCAAAAGACUAGAAGUUAUCCAGAAAAGUUGGGAAGAAGGCAAAUUUCCGGUAGCAUUAAAAAUUAAGUUGUAUGAUUUUGCGAAAGCACUCGAAUCGGGAAGCGUGACUAGCGCCAAUGACAUUCAUCGCUCGGUGAUUGUGGACCAUGGCACCGUUUGUGUGCAGUGGGCACCGGCCUUGCGUCAGCUCGUUUUGGCCAUUCCAGCUGAGCCAGGAAAAAAUGAGAACGAAUGCGGCGAGUCAUGUUUGAACACGAUUGUAAAACCUCUUUGAAAGUGGUUCAUCCUAAUUGUGCAAUGAUAUUUCAUUACAUUUAAGUAAAAUAUGUAUACAGUUAAUAUAUUUAUGUUUGACAAUUUGCAUUCCUCGUAUGAAAUAUAUAUUUUAAAAGCACAAAACGUUUUGAGACGGUUUAACAAUUUACGUGAGUAGGUGAUGGUGAUGAGCUAAGACUAUAACAACAACUUUAAAUCAACAGGCAGAACGGUCGAAUAACGUUACAUUUUCAAUCGAAAUAUGUUACAGUCCAAAAACGAGUUGGAUUUCCUACAUGCAAAUUUGUAUUAAUGUAUUCUUAGGUAAUUUUGCAAA